UAGUUGUGAGAAGCAGGAGGCUGCAGCAGCAGCAGGGAUGACAGGCGGCAGCGGCCAGCACUAGUGUCAUACAUGUCCUAUCUGCAGCCGGAAAUCAUCACAAUAAAGCAAAUCUCUUCCUGCUGCCAAACUCUCCGGUGUCUGCCCUCUGCUGCCCCCGGACUGGCACGUAGAGGGGAGCCCAGGCGUGGAGGAGGGAUCCUCGUGUGGCUGUGGAGCUGAGGGCCGGGGCAGUGCGGCAGGAUCCGGCACUAUGACUCAGUCCCCGGGGCACACCGGCCUGCGUGGGGUGCAGAAUCUAAAAGCAGACCCUGAGGAAUUGUUCAGAAAGCUAGAAAAGAUUGGCAAAGGAUCCUUUGGAGAAGUCUUUAAAGGGAUUGACAAUAGGACUCAGAAAGUAAUAGCAAUAAAAAUUAUAGAUCUUGAAGAAGCAGAAGACGAAAUAGAAGAUAUCCAGCAAGAAAUUACAGUGCUAAGCCAGUGCGAUAGUCCAUAUGUGACAAAGUAUUAUGGGUCCUAUCUCAAGGAUACCAAAUUAUGGAUCAUUAUGGAAUAUCUUGGAGGAGGAUCGGCUUUGGAUCUGCUGGAACCCGGUCAAAUGGAUGAAACGCAAAUUGCCACAAUAUUAAGGGAAAUAUUAAAAGGACUUGAUUAUUUACAUUCGGAAAAGAAAAUUCACAGAGACAUUAAAGCGGCCAAUGUGUUAUUAUCGGAGCAUGGAGAGGUUAAAUUGGCAGAUUUUGGUGUAGCUGGUCAGCUAACUGAUACGCAGAUUAAGAGGAAUACUUUUGUUGGCACACCAUUCUGGAUGGCACCAGAGGUCAUAAAACAGUCGGCAUAUGAUUUCAAGGCUGAUAUCUGGUCGCUAGGCAUAACUGCUAUAGAGCUUGCUAAAGGGGAACCCCCUCAUUCUGAAUUACAUCCUAUGAAAGUGCUUUUCCACAUUCCCAAAAGCAACGCACCUACACUUGAAGGAAACUACAGCAAGCUCCUCAAAGAAUUUGUAGAAGCCUGCCUAAACAAAGAGCCCAGCUUUAGACCAACAGCAAAGGAACUUCUGAAGCACAAAUUUAUUGUACGUCAUGCCAAAAAGACCUCCUAUUUAACAGAUCUAAUUGAUAGGUACAAGCGGUGGAAGUUGGAGCAAGGUCAUGAGGAUUCCAGUUCGGAUUCAGAUGGGGAGGAUGAAGGUCAAGCUUCAGGUGGAACUGAUAAAGGCCCCUGGUACUUUACAAUGGAGGCGGCAGAUCUGAAGAAGAUGAAUAAUGGUGCAGCACAACUUGAGGAGUUGGAGGAAAAUGAGGCUAAAGACAUCCAAAAAAGACCGUUAUCUCAGUGCUUGUCAACAAUAAUGUCACCGUUAUUUGCGGAGUUAAAAGAGAGAAGCCAAGCCAAUGGUGGCAAUGUAGGAUCUAUCGAGGAACUACGAGAGGCAAUUUAUCUAGCAGAGGAGGCCUGUCCAGGCAUAUCAGACUCCAUGGUAUCACAGCUUCUUAUGCGACUUCAAAGAUAUUCUGUUAAUGGAGCAGACGCUUCAACACACUGAAGUUUUAUCUUCUGUAUAAGAUGGACAAACCUUAUAGUCUCUAUCAGUUUUUUCUAUGGAGUCACAGAAUGUGGAUGUAGCUCUAAUUAGCAGUGGCUCUACUGAACACCAACUAAAAGCUAUAGUUUUUAUGAUUUUAUUUUUUGUAAUCAUAGUGCAAAUAUGAGACAUGUAUAGCAAGGACUAUGAUAAAGCAGAUGAAAUAUUUUGAAUACUCAGGUAUCUCGCUCUUAGCAGGCAGCUCCUCUGGGAGGUGGUAUAAAAGCUGCACUGAAGUUUUGUGUACAGAGAUGUAUGUAUAUAGCAUCAUUUUUACAGAAACUCCUUGAGCAUGCCCAGAGCCUCUGAUGUUUGUGUUAUCAGGAGAGUGCUUCUGUAGAUAAUGUUACUGGAUGACUUAUUUAAAAGACCACACUUAUAUUUUACCCUAAUGUUACCUGUAUAUAGUAAAUGACAAGGCAGGUGAAGUGGUUUUCUACUUCUGUUACUUUUAGAGGUAAAAUGCUACAUGAAGCCAAUGUAAAAAAAAAAUACAGUAUUGCUAAUGUUUGCUGAAGCUUUGAAUGUACAUUUGCUAUAAAAAGACUAAAAAUG